AUGAAUGCACUUGUAUGGUAUGUAAUCAUGAAGUGGAUGCCAAAAGGGUCAUCUUGUGUUGAUUUUGUCACUCAACGUUCUCUUUAUGAAGUUCGCAAACGUCCCUCGAAGUCCUACUCUUGGGUAGCAUUCAUGCUUGCAAAUAUCUGCGCCGAGCUUCCCUGGAACACUCUCAUGUCUGUCUUCAUCUUCUUCGGCUGGUACUACCCUAUCGGGCUAUAUCAUAACGCAGAGCCCACCGGAGCGGUUACUGAGCGCGGAGCCCUCCUAUUCCUCCUUAUCUGGUCCUUCGUAAUGUUCACAUCUACGUUUACACAUAUGAUCAUUGCUUCCGUCGACGUAGCAGAAAAUGGUGGUAACAUAGCAACGUUGCAGUUCUCUCUAACCAUCCUAUUCUGCGGUGUCCUUGUCUCGCCUUCAAAAUUACCUGGCUUCUGGAUAUUCAUGUACCGUGUAUCACCAUUCACAUAUCUGGUCGAUGCGAUGCUUUCUGUCAGUCUCGCCAAUGCUCUGGCGUUCUGUUCCUCUGUCGAAGUCUCCGUGUUUGAUCCCCCGAGUGGACAAACCUGUGGACAGUAUCUCUCCGCAUGCACGUCUAUUGCUGGGGGGUCCCUCUCCGACGUGAAUGCCACGUCGCAGUGCGAAUUCUGCGCCAUCAUGGACACCAAUGCCUUCUUGUCACAGGUCAACAGUUACUACGACCAUCGUUGGCGCAAUUUCGGCUUAAUGUGGGCUUAUGUGGCGUUCAACGUGUGCGCUGCCCUGUUUCCAUAUUGGUUCGGUCGUGUUCCCAAGAGCGCAAAGAAGAACUAA